AACUGGAGGUGCUGCUAGUGUUAUCAUGCAACAAAUGAAAGGAAACCCUGGAAUCAAAGCAGGAGGCCACCUCUUGGGUUCUUGUGCCUUUAAAAUUGGACUCUUCACUUAAGUGAGGAUUUGGACACAUCUUUAAGGCUGCAAGGAAAACCGUGGUAAGCAGCCGGUCAUUUUCAUUAUUAAAUUGCAUUUUGCUGAAACCUUCAAAGUCAGAGAUCAAGGAUAAACAAAACACUGUCUGUUAGCAAAGUGGCAUUAUUGUUAUCAUGUUUCUAGAUAGAAAUUCCCUUGGCAUCAGUGACUAGUGCAGGUCUAAUGGCUAAAUGGGAGAUACUGGAUCCUUGGUCCAAAAACAGCAAAAUCAUUAUGUACCGAGGCAAAAAAAACGAAAGCAAAACGUGGGACCAGAAAAUUCAGAGGAGUGAGCGAUACACACUCUGAAGACUUUUAAAAGAUGACCAUGGGCAAGUUUUGGACAUACAGUUUACGUCAUAAUUUACUGAAGUGACUUGCCGUUUGCUGUAAUACUCAGAUGGACUUCAAGUUUGAAAAUCCACACUACGUGACAAUACAGGUGGCAUGCUAAAUUCCCUGGGCAGCAUGACGAAGCCCGGUCCUCACCAUGUGUGGCAGUCACUUUAACUACUCUGUACCCAUCAUGAAUGGAAAUGAAGAAACGUCUCCUUCCCUGACCCUCGAGCAGAAGACCGCUUUUGCUUUCGUAGGGAUGCUGUGUAUUUUCUUGGGACUUCUAAUCAUCAGGUGCUUUCGAAUCUUGCUUGAUCCUUACAGCAGCAUGCCCUCAUCGACCUGGGCAGAUGGAGUUGAGGGACUUGAAAAAGGAACCUUUGAGUAUGCGCUCGCGUGACCCUACUCGUAAAUGAAGGAUUCCAGUUCCAUCACGUCGAGGGCUUGCAUCAUAAAUGCCUCCCACUGUGUUGUCUCGGCAGUACACACCUUGGGACGCAACACUUUACUAGGAAUGACCUUUGGAGACUUGAGAUGGAUGGGAGGGACUGUGGCCUUGGACCUUUUACAAAAAGUCUGCAUGAGCAUUAACACAAUAAUGAAAUGAUAUUCCAACAGAUUGAUGCCCAAGGACCAAAGGCUUUGCUUUCUAUAAGGCACCACAUACUGUAGGUGGGAUGGGGAAUUAGAUGGUGUGAAGGUGGAGUCACAAGUGACGUGCGUGACUUGGCUUGGACUCUGAUUUAGAGCUGGCGAUUUCAGGACCAAAUAAUA